AUGGGAUUGAACAUGGAUCUACAGAUUAUCCAGAAAGAUUAUCAUUACGGCAGUGUACAACCGCAAGACUUCACGCUAAAACCUCCUAUCGGAGGAGAGCGCAAGACUUCACGCCAAGACUUCCUAUCGGAGGACAGCGCAAGGCAGCCAUUACAUGCGAACAACGCUGUUCAUCGGGUAGAGAACAGCUGGUGGCCGAGCGACCAGAACGAAGGGAGUCACGCGAUAAGGGAGCGUGAUAACAACGGCGCGGUGGCGGGUGAAUUGGUUUCUCGCAUCGCGGGCUGCCUGAAUAUGGCGGGUUACCUGAAAGCGGCGGGCGCAACCUGCGCCUCGACCGGAAAUCCUCAUCAAUAUCAUCCACACGGUCAUCCGAUGGGAGUCGGCACCCAUCCACAUCCUCACUCACAUCCGCAUCCCGGUGCGCAUCCCGGUUUGCCGUCGCACUUCGCCCUCACCCCGCACGCUCAUACGCAUCAUGCGCUCGAGCAUGGAUUGGCAGCCGCAUUCCCACAAGGAAUGAAUCAACGCAAGCAACGUCGCGAGAGGACGACCUUCACCAGAGCUCAGCUGGAUGUGUUGGAGGGACUAUUCUCGAAAACGAGAUAUCCGGACAUCUUUAUGCGAGAGGAGGUUGCCCUUAAGAUCAACCUGCCAGAGUCGCGAGUCCAGGUUUGGUUCAAGAAUCGCCGAGCCAAAUGCAGACAACAAUUACAACAGCAUCAACAACAGCAACAGCAGCAGCAACAGCAACAGCAGACCCCUCCGUCGAAGGGUUCGCCCAGAUCAAAUCAGAAUCUCAGCAACAGCAGCACCGGAAGCAGAAUAUCGACGAGCUCGUCGACGACGCCUAGUAGGCGAUCUUCUCCAGAUUCACCGGUGCAAGGUAGGGACGCACCGGUAGCAGGAAACUCACCUUUGUCGACCCCGCUCCUGUCGACCCAAUCGACGUAUCCCCGAAAUGUUGGAACGACGCCAACCGGUGGCAGCGGAGCCAACAGCAAUCUGACGACCCCAUCGCCGCCGCUGACACCAAGCUCCAACCAACUGCAGCCAUCGUCCUAUCCAAGUGCGAUGAAUCAAAUUCAUCAUGGCGAGACUUACAGCUUCGGCUGGAGCUCGGCGGGGUCCGCUUCUGUGAACCACAGCCAAUACGCCGGUCAAGGUUACAAUGCUUACGCUCAAACCUCGAGCGUAUACGGUGGCGACUAUUAUCAGGCUCAGAUCCCGCACAUGCACCAUAGCCCGCAGACUAACUACCAUCAUCCGCAGUAUCAUCCUAACAUGACGCUCACCCCGUCCAUGUCGCAUCUGACUAGUCAUCACCUGAAUCCAGUGACCAGUCAGACGCAAGCUACUAGCAACGAUAUAGCGGCUGCUGCUGCCGUCGCUGCUGCUGCCGCUGCGUCGGGUGACGAUGCCGGUUACGUGCUGCCUGAUCAGAAGUAUUCGCCGUUAGUAUAGCGGUCCAGCAGGUCCUCCGGGAUCUUUCAGCGGGGUCAGGAAACCGCGAGCACGACCGGCACCUCGAUGCCCUAUCAUUGGCGACUGAACACGGCGAUAUGUCACGAGAUCAACGGUAAUCUGGAUUCCGACGACAAUUGAUCGUACAGAAGAGGGACUUCGCCAAAGCAACAGUAGAUAUGCUCCAGACUUGGGUAUGAUAAUUCGAAUCAUUGCGCGAAUUAGUUACACAAACUUUCUGCAUCCGGAAUGGACUGUGACGGCAGAUAUUAGCUAAUAUCGCAACAAUCGCGUACGUAUCUCACUAAACUUAAAAAAAAAAAAAAAAAACAAUAAUGUUCGUGGUGAUCUAAUUUUAAUUUGAUAUCAUUUUAUAAUUGUUUCAUCUUCUCAGACAACGCACGUGCAUAUGCGAAUAAAGUUAAGAAACAAACUAUGAAAAUGUACAGGAAUAUGCGAAUCUCACAGUAUUUGUGCAAGCAAUAUCUCUUUUACUUAUAGUAAAGGGCAAUUUUUUAAAUAAAAAUUAUAUAUUAUGUUCUCUUUACAUAAAUUAAUUUCUGCAAUAGUAUUUUUCUAGG